AUGGAGUUUCCGUUUAAUAUCAACAAUCUGAUCGGAAGUGAAAUCUCAAAGUUAGAUAGAAAUGUGGCUCCUUUCCGGAAAAAUGCAGACGGUUACACCUAUGUUGACCUACGGUCCCAGCUCUUCACAGUCAUUGACAAGAUGGGGGAGGCAUCUUCACGGGCACAGGGCCUCCAUGGGACAAUUACAGGGGGACGAAAACUCCAGUUGGCCGAUCACAUCCUGUACAUAAUGAAGGAUGCCAAUAAUAACAAUAAUGGAUCUGGAGCAGUAGUGGGUAUUCUAAAGAUUGGACACAAAAAACUAUUUGUGUAUGACAGAAAUGGUGCUGUCCAUGAGUUGGAACCUAUAUGUGUGCUUGAUUUUUAUGUCCAUGAAUCCAGACAAAGGAUGGGGUGUGGACGCAAGUUGUUUGAUUAUAUGCUUAGAGAUGUGAAUGUCAAACCACAACAACUGGCAAUUGACAAGCCAUCAUUCAAGUUCAGCCAGUUUCUAAACAAGCACUACAACCUGAAAGCAGAGAUCCCACAAGUCAACAACUUUGUGGUGUUUGAAGGUUUCUUUAAUAACCGCCCAAAUACAGGUGCUGGUAAUGCCAGGCGAAGAUUUGGGGGCAGGCCCCCUAUUCACCCUGAUUCAAACUUUGGUGAUGGAGAGAUGAUAGUGCAGCAAGGUCGAAGUUCUAGUCAUUAUGGGCGACCAAGGCGUCAUUACAGUCGGCCAAACUCUGGUCAACUGUCAAGUAGGAGUGCCCCACCUAAUCGACAGGAGGAGCCAAACUUAAGAGAACUUGAGAUGCAAGUACCAGUUGGUGUGAAGGAUCUUGAAAUUGAUCCACUGAGAAAUGCUGACCAAAAUGUGCACUUGAACCUGCAGUCUCUAAACUCCACACAUAACUCAAGAGCCUAUGGUGCAGGCGCUAACUUGUACAGUCGCCAUGUCAACACUCCUCCUGAGGGAGGACAUUACUCACGUCCUAAUAGCGGUUCGUACAACCACAGGGAAGGAAGUCGAGCCGGAAGUCGAGCCAAUAGUCACACUGGUGGAGGGAGUCGUGCCAACAGUCGAAAUCGUGACCCACUUCGAGGACCCUCUCCACCAAUGCUGAAGAGACUGGACUCUCCUCAAAGCUACAUAGACAAACUCAACCUUCACCAAGACUAUCAAGGUCGUGGUGGUCACCUCAAAGUUCACACGGGUCUAGACAAUCCAUCAAGUAAUUUACCAACCAUUCAGACCUACACGAAACCAUCAGUCCUUCCUAACAUCGCCACCAAUGCUUACAAAUCAAGCCUUGCUGACCGCUACAAGCCCUUACACACUAUGACAAACUGGACACCUGGGGGACCUAGUCCAACCCACCAGACCAUUGGUGCAAGACACUAUUCUCAUACAAGACUUUGGUAGGCUAGGAUUAUCAACUUUACCGGGUUUAGUCAACAAUCGCUUGCCAUCUGAUUUCACAUCCAUGGCGUU